AUGGCAAAAGAAACAAAGGAUUCUGUCAGUGUCCAUCUGGAUAUUCUGGAACUUCUUGUCAAGUUGCCGGGUUCCGAGACAGGAGACCACGUAUUGCCACAGAAAGUAGUAUGUGUUUUGCAUGAGGAAUGUUCAAUUCCAUUUACAGUCACGUCAAGUGCUAAGCCACCUUCAGUGCGCCCUGGACAUACUGAAGCAGGAUUGUCAUCAAAGGGAACAACAAUAAUACCGGAUCCUAAAAAUCCUGGUACCUUCCUUUCUCAAAUGAAUGUUGUCGGUACUACACCUGGCGUACACAAAACCUGUGUUCAAACAGGCGAUAAUAGAGAGACAACUAGCGAUGAAUUUUGUUUUGAAGUCGAAGUAAAAUCUCCAGAUUCCUACCAUCAUGAGGUGAAGACGAGUCAGCCUUACUUUGUAACACCAACAAUACCACAUGAUUCUGUGACACAAUGUGUACCAGGGAAAUCUUGUCAUGUCCUCCUGUUCAUGUCUGGUGGUGUUUAUCCUGAAUGUCCCUCAGUAGAACAGACUCAAGGACCAACAGAUGAUCUCCAUCUUUUUACGUCUGCUGAUAAUACUAAAUUGAUUGGUAAUUGCACUGCAGACGUUACAUUGACCCCACCUUCAGGGUCAACAGGAAAAUACAGAUUCUGUUUCAAAACAUUUCUUCCAAAUAUACCAGGAGAAAUUAGAUGUUUUUUUGUGAAAUACAUGGAUUAUACUGCUCCAAGUCCGUCUUGUAUAGGAACCAAUUGCCAGGAUGGUAGUGUAUGUGAUAUUAUAAAUAAACAACCAACAUGUAUUUGUGCUUUGUUGCAGUCUGGACCACAUUGUGAGCAAGCUGGUUCCUCUGGUACCCCUCAUACAUCAUCAUCACCAAUAAUUACUGAUUUACCUCUACCUAAAGUAAUACGAUGUGAAGUUGGUAAAGUUUGUGUCAUACCUACUUUAGUAAAUGGAGACAUAAAUAAUCCGCCAAAAGUAACAACACCUAGUGGUAAUCCAAAUGUUAUAAUUAUAUCAACUCCUCCAUCUAACAACACAGAUAAUAAAUAUCCCAAAGGAACAUACAAAAUUAAUCGUUUAGUAAACGUUACAAAAGAAGGAAUAUAUGAACAGUGCAUGAUUUUACAGAACGGAGGGAAACAUUGUUUUCAGAUAGAAGCCGUCAAAAACAAAAACAGUACUCAAGCUACCUCUAAUCCUAGUGGUCAUUUUGUCAGUCCAUCAUUACCACCUGAUUCUACGGUUGUCUGUAAGCCAGCAACUACGUGUCAUUUGAUUUUAUAUCAACGACCUAAAAGUGGCAGAUGUGUGCCAGCUGUGGGAGAAAUGUUACCAGGAGGUACAUAUAUUGUGUCGCCAUCUUCUCCUGAUGAUGCUGGAUUCUGUGAGACAGAUAUUGUUUACAAACCCAUGGCUGGUGCUAAGAGUCAAAAAGUGUGUGUCAGAGCCAAGGUAGCUAAUAAUAGUGAUGGAGAAUUGAGAUGUUUCAAAAUUGAUCCGUCCUUAAACGAUACAAAUCCAUGUCACACUGCAAUAUGCCAUACAGGGGAGUGUGUCUUGACAAUAGAUGAGGAUGUUGAGUGUAAAUGUCGACUAGGAGCAACUGGGAAAUCCUGCAACCAAGAUACAAAGAAUUUAAUCACCGGAAGUGCUAUUAGUGGAAAGCCUGGUUUUGUGGACACAGUCAAACCAGAAAAGAUUAUUUGUUAUACAGGACAGUCGUGUGGUAUACCAGUAGCUGUGACCAGUAAUGGUGGACAAAGUACUACAGUAAGAGUUACGGAUGUACCACCAACAGACUUGACACUUUCACCUAUACCAGGCACCAAUAUAUCACAUUCUAUUGUACAAAUACAGUCUACCAACCAAGCAAAUCUGACCAAAUGUGUUGUUGCUAUUGAGUCAGGGCAGGAAAAAGAUAAAUUAUGCUACAAAAUAGAAUUCAUAACGGGUCCUCCACCAUCUCAGAAUGGAUCACAAUUUACAGAAAACUCUCUUGGACCAAAUUCUGAAGUACAUUGUGAAACAAGUAUUGUCUGUCAUCUCAUAGUGGAGACUACACAGCAAGGAACGCAAUGUCCAAGGAUUAAAAAUACCAACCCUAGUGUUCAAGGAGACGAGAUAUCAGACGUGUAUGUGUUUAAUCCAAAACAGUCCACUGUAAAUUCUACAAUAAAGUGUACAACAGAUGUAGCUAUUAAACCUAGUUUGUCAGAAGCUGGAAAGAAAGAAGUCUGUGUCACAAUUGAGAAAAGCUCAGGAAGUCAAAGUGAUACAAGAUGUUACAAAGUACUUGUUGAAAGAGGUGAUGCUUGCAAACCAGUGGAAUGUUUAAAUGGAGGUAUUUGUAAAAGUGUCGACAAUAAUGAAGGAAUAGCGGUCUGUGUUUGUCCAUUAUCCUACUCAGGGAACAGAUGUCAAAACAAAAAAGACAAUUCAGUGACACCAUUCAAAGGAGAGGAAAUUCCAGAUGCAGUUAAAAACAAAGGAAUUCCAAGAUUUACAGCGACAUCCUUACCUGAGACGAUCCAUUGUGUUGUAGAUAAACCCUGUCAUCUACCAAUGAGGGUUACAGAUCCUACUGGAAAUAUCCCUGUGGUAGGAUUUGGACAAGUAGAUCCAGGAAUAAUUACAUCUCCAGCCACAGUAACACCUAGUGGUAAUAGAACAUAUACAACUGAUGUGGUAGUUACUCCUACAAAACUUGGAAAAAGAAGAGUUUGUGUACAGACAAAGAACACAGAAAAUGUUAAUAUGGAUGAAGUAUGCUACAAUAUUGAAACAAGUGAAAAGACUACUUCAGGUCAAGGAUCACCAAAGUUUACAGAGUCAACUAUCAGUGAGAAUUCUGUUAUUGUUUGUCAACCAGGACAAACUUGUCACAUUCCACUGACCUAUGAGUUAUCUAACAAUAAGUGUGAAAAAGUUGCUGAAACAACUUUUAUCAGAGAAAUUCAUAUCUUCCAAGAUAGUUCAGCAGUCGGCCACACCUGUACUGUAGAUGUAGGUUUUACACCAACCCAUGAUGCUGGUGGUACACAACAUAUGUGCUUCAAACCUGGAAAUAAAGGAGAAAAAAGAUGUAUAAUGGUGAAGAUUCAAGACACAUCUUCAUUAAGUUCAACACCUUGUCAGAACCAUCAUUGUUACAGAGAUGGAUUUUGUUCAGUUCCAUCCGGGACUCAAGCUGUUUGUACCUGUCGUUUAGGAUCUACUGGUUCUAGAUGUCAAACAGAUUCAACCUCAUCUGUUGUUCCAGUAACAGGGAGCGCCACUCAGAAGCCUAAUUUUGUCGAUACAGUUGUACCAAGAGAAGUAAAAUGUUACAAUGGGAGAGAAUGCUUGAUUCCGUUUGCUGUCAAUGGAAAUAGUCAAUCAGUUGAAGUUGGAGAUCAUGACAAUGGAAUGAACACAACGAUCAAACCAAGUACAAAACUAACAUCUACUGAUGGUGUUUAUGAACAUAUUUUAUCUGUUAUACCUCAAACAUCAGAGGGAAAGAAAGAGAUGUGUGUCAAAACAAAAACUGGAAAAGAUGACCAGAUAUGUUUUACGGUGGAUGUAGUUGAUCCACCUGCAAACCAAGGGACCACACCAGAUUUCACAGGAACAACAUUAGGACCAGACUCCACAGUGGAAUGUCAGACAGAAACCAUAUGUCAUGUUCAAAUACAGACAAAUAAAACUAAUGGAAAGUGCCCUGUUAUUUUAGAAAAUACAGAUAAAACGUCCAUAUCAGAUGUACAUAUUUUCCCUUCACAAACUAGCCAAUGUACAACGGAUGUAGUUUUGAAACCUCGGGUCACAGAAACUGGACAGAAACAACUUUGUGUUCAUUUUGACGCUGGAACUGUAUCAAAACAGGAAAACAAAGAGAGAUGUUUUAAAGUAACAGUCUCAAAUAAAAUAGAUCCUUGUGUUCCUGUUUACUGUACGAAUAAUGGUGAAUGUCAAAUUAACAAUGGACAGGGAGAGUGCAUAUGUCCUUCAGGAUUCACAGGGGAGAAAUGUGAAAAUGUUAAAUCAGAAAAAGCAACAGCAGUAAAUCUAGGUGCAAUACAUCCGGCACUAGAACUACCUCAUUUUACAAAGACAGCUGUCCCCAAGAUAAUCAAAUGUGUACAGGAUAUGCCAUGUCAUUUACCAUUGACAGUUACCGACCCUAGUGGGAAGAAACCAUCGGUAAAGUAUGGUAAAGUAGACCCAGGUGUAGAUACGGAAAAACCUGAGCUUACACCUUUAAAUGGAACAAAAGAUUUUACUACUGAUAUAACAAUUACACCACAGGAACCAGGGACUAAAAGUCUUUGUGUGCAGACCGAGACAUCAAUGGGCAUGAACGUAGAUGAAAUUUGCUACCAAAUUCAAACUUCAGCAAUAAGACCUUCUCCUGGUGGUCAUCCCGCUUUUACCGCACCAACAGUAACAGACUCGUCUACACUACUAUGUGAGAUAGGAGACAUUUGUCAUAUACCAUUGACUUAUGAAGGACUUAAAGGCACUUGUGAAGUAGUAACUGAAUUGCCAACUCAUACAGAUGGAGUACACAUAUUUAAACCACCUGUACAGCCCACAGCUAUAGAGAAAACUUGUACAACAGAAAUUGCUUACAAACCUUCGACAACUGGACCUACAAAACUCUGCUUUAAACCAGGAUCAUAUGGAGAAAAACGAUGUAUAAACUUUCAAGGGGAACCAAAAGGCAACAAAUUAUCAACUCCUUGCCAAAGUCUACAUUGCCAAAACAAUGGUGAAUGUAUCGAAGAUAAUCAAGGAAUUGCAAAAUGUGUCUGUACUCUAGGAAAAUCUGGUGUAGACUGUAGUCAAGGUUCAAGUAACUUUAUAACAGACACAGUAAACCAUACAAAGCCUGCCUUUAUAGAUACAGUACUACCGCAGACCAUUGUUUGUUAUAAACUGGAGAAUUGUACAGUUCCAUUCGUUGUCACCAGUACUGCAGGGAUACCUACAGUCAAGAUUGGACAAACAGACCCAGAUCUUGUGGCCACUGGACCUUCAACAACAAUAAAGAUCAAGGGUACAAACUCAUACAAAACUGAGAUCACAAUUAAUUCAACCGAUAAAGGAGAAAAACUAGCUUGUGUACAGACAAAAGAUUUAAGUGGUAAAACAGUAGAUGAAAUAUGUAUAAAGGUUGAUGUUAAAGAUCACCCUAAGACAACUGCAACUACUUUGCCAGGAUUUACUGACAAAACAUUUGAACCAGACAGUACAUUUGGAUGUAAAGUGGACCAGGAUUGUCAUCUACCAAUGGAAACUACAAAAAAUACAAAUGGAAAAUGUCCUACAUUAUCCAAAGAUAUACCGAAAACAACAAUACAAGAUGUCCACCCUCUGGAGACCAUAUUAUCUACAGUAGAUAGCACCUGCCAAACAGAUGUUGUUAUUCAUCCAAAUAGUACUGAAAUGGGUAUCCAUAAAAUCUGCAUUCAAAUUAAUGUCAGUCCGUCAGAAGACCCAAGAUGUUAUCGUUUUAACGUAACAGAAUCACAAAUUACACCUUGCCAAGCCAAGAAUUGUCUCAGAGAUGGAUUUUGUACAGUUACGUCUGCGAAGCAAGCUGUGUGUACCUGUCGUUUAGGAUCUACUGGACCUAGUUGUCAAACGGAUUCAACCGCAUCUGUUGUUCCAGUAACAGGAAGUGCAAACCAAGAGCCUACUUUUGUUGAUACAGUUGUACCAAGAGAAGUAAAAUGUUACAAGGGCAUAGAAUGCUUGAUUCCAUUUGCUGUCAAGGGAAAUAAUCAGUCAGUUGAAGUCGGAGAUCAUGACAAUGGAAUGAACCUAACGAUCAAACCUAGUACAAAACUAACGUCCACUGAUGGUGUGUAUGAACAUAUUCUGUCUGUUAUACCUCAAACAUCAGAGGGAAAGAAACAGAUGUGUGUCAAAACAAAAACUGGAAAAGAGGACCAUAUAUGUUUUACAGUGGAUGUUCUUGAUCCACCAACAAACCAAGGAACGACACCAGAUUUUACAGGAACAACAUUAGGUCCAGACUCCACAGUAGAAUGUCAGACAGGAGCCCUAUGUCAUGUUCAAUUACAGACAAAUCUAGUUAAUGGAAAGUGCCCUGCUAUCUUAAAAAAUACAAACAAGACAUCUAUAUCAGAUGUACAUAUAUUCCCGUCACAAACUACCAAAUGUACAACUGAUGUAGUUUUGAAACCUGGGGUGACAGAAACUGGACAGAAACAACUGUGUGUUCGAUUUAACGCUGGGACUAUUUCGAAACAGCUAGACAAAGAGAGAUGUUUGAAAGUGAUAGUUUCAAACACGACAGAUCCUUGUGUUCCUGUUUAUUGUAUGCAUUAUGGUGAAUGUCAAAUAAACAAUGGACAGGGGGAAUGUAUAUGUCCUUCAGGAUUCAUAGGAAACAAAUGUGAAACUGUUAAAUCAGAAAAAGUAACAGCAGUAGAUCUAGAUGUAUUAAAACCUGCACAAGAAAAACCUCAUUUUACAAAUACAGCUGUCCCUAAAAUAAUCAAAUGUGUACAGAAUAUUCCAUGUCAUUUACCAUUGACAGUAACCGACCCUAGUGGACACAAACCAUCAGUCAAGUUUGGAAAAGUUGACCCAGGAAUAGAUACGGAUAAAUAUGUGCUUACACCUGUAAAUGGUACAAAAGAUUUUACUACUGAUAUAAAAAUUACUCCACAGAAUCCAGGAACUAAACAUCUUUGUGUUCAAACCCAGACAUCAUUUGGAAUGAAUGUAGAUGAGAUUUGCUAUCAAAUUCAAACUUCAGCAACAAAACCAUCUGUUUUUGGUAAUCCAGCUUUUACAGCACCAACAGUAACAGACUCAUCUACACUACUUUGUGAGAUAGGAGAACUUUGUCAUAUACCAUUGACUUAUGAAGGACUAAAUGGCACUUGUGAAGAAGUAAAUGAAUUGCCAACACACACUGAUGGAGUACAUAUACUCAAACCAUAUGUACUAUCCACAGCUGUGGGGAAAACUUGCACAACAGAAAUAGCUUACAAACCUUCAACAACUGGACCUACAAAAAUCUGUUUUAAACCAGGAUCAUUAGGAGAAAAACGAUGUGUCAACAUUGAAGGGGAACCAUCAGGGAAAAAGUUAUCAUCUCCUUGCCAAAGUCUUCAUUGCAAACAUAGUGGUGAAUGUAUCGCAGAUAAUCAAGGAAUUCCUAAAUGUUACUGUACUCUAGGAAAAUCUGGUGUUGAUUGCAGUAAAGAUUCAAGUAACUUUAUAACAGACAGAGUAAACAAGACAAAGCCUGCCUUUAUAGACACAGUACUACCACAGACGAUUGUUUGUUAUAAACUGGAGAAAUGUACCGUACCAUUCGUUGUCACUAGUACUGCAGGGAAUAAACCAACAUUAAAGCAAGGACAAACAGACCCAGAUAUAGUGGCAACUGGACCUUCAACACCAAUACAGAUUAAGGGUACAGACUCGUAUAAAACUGAUAUCACAAUUAAUUCAACAGAUAAAGGAGAAAAACAAGCUUGUGUUCAGACCCAAGAUUCAAGUGGUAAAGCAGUAGAUGAAAUAUGUAUAAAGGUUAAAGUUAUAGAUCAUCCCAAGACAGCUACAACCACUUUGCCAGGAUUUACUGAGAAAUCAUUUAAACCAGAGAGUGUACUUGGAUGUAAAGUGAACCAGUAUUGUCAUUUACUUAUGGAAACUACAAAAAACUCAAACGGAAAAUGUCCUUCUUUAUCCAAAAGUAUACCAAAAACAACAAUACAAGAUGUCCACCCUAUGGAGUCCAUAUUAUCUAUAGUAGAUAAUAUUUGUCAAACAGAUGUUGUUAUUCAUCCAAAUAGUACUGAAAUGGGUAUCCAUGAAGUCUGCAUUCAAAUUAAUGUCAGUCCGUCAGAAGAACCAAUAUGUUAUAAAUUAAACGUAACACAACCACUGGUUACAACUACAACCUUAACCUCAACAGUAUACGUAGCAACUACAACUAGCAUGGAAACAACUAUUACUACAACAGUUAGUAGUUUAAAAACUACAAAGGUAGCUUCAAAAACAAACAAUACAACAACAACUAAAGCUUUAGUAGCAUCAAAUAAAAGUCAGACAUUACAAGGAAUAGCCACAAUAAACAAUCCAAAAGCAGUAGCAACAACAGAUAAUACUAAAACAACAAUAGCAGCAGUCAAAAUAAAAACUAUAACCAUAGCACCAGCAUCAGCAUCAGUAUUAACCAAUACUACAAUGGCAGGAAAAUUCAUUGGUCAUAAGACACUGUUAGGAGUAGCCACAACAGGUACCAACGCAAAAUCAAAUAUAGCAGUCACCAUAACACACAGUAUAAACAUAAAAGAUUUCUUCAAACACGAUGGCAAAACAACAAAGAUAGCAUUGCCAACCCCCAAUGGUAAUCCAAUGAAGGCAGUUACAACAUCAAAUGGUAAAGCGACCACUUUAGCAGCCACAACCAACACAAAAAAUGCUUUUGUAACAAUAUUAACUUACAUUAGAAAGACAAACGGAUCAACCAUCGAUGCCAAAACUAUGAAAGGUCCACAAGGUAGCUGCAAUCAAAUGACCGCUGCCCAAGCACUUGAAGCUGCUCAGAUGGGCAGAGUUUCAUGUUAUUGUAUGGUCAAUGGUACAAGGAGAGAAAUCAUCAGAAGCAAUCCAAAGGCAACAACUGAACAGUUACUGAAGGCUGCUGGGAUAGGAGCUGGAAGUACAUCGGGUGCCAUGUUGAUAGCCUGGCUUAUUUAUAUGUUAGUGUCAAAGGUCAAAAGCAGUGCACAAAAUAAACUGCCACCUACACCCAGACCAAGGAAGGUAAAACCAUCCAGGAGAAAGUCGCUUGGAUCAGCAUUUACGUGAAAUAAAGUGACUUUUACAUAAUAUUGAACUUUUUGUGUUUAUAAUUUUUAGAAUGUACUGUGAUUUUUUGUUGAUAAUUCUGUUAUUUUUCAG